AUGCGAUCAGCUUUCCCCAGAACGGCGCUCUUGAGCGCAUCCAGGGCCUCGCGCUUCCUGCCCGCGCAUCGCCCUGUCCGGUUCUACAGCAUCAAGGCCGAGGCCGCCUCUCACUCAAAACAGCGGCCUCUGGACGCCUCAAGGCUCACCAUUGAGAAGACCAAGACGCCCAAGGCCCUGACCAAGCCCGAGGACCUCGUCUUUGGCAAGCAGUUCACCGACCACAUGCUUGCCAUUGAGUGGACAAAAGACGACGGCUGGCUGGAGCCUCGCAUCACCCCCUACCAGAACCUGUCCCUGGACCCGGCCACCUGCGUCUUCCACUACGCCUUUGAGUGCUUCGAGGGCAUGAAGGCCUACCGGGACAAGAACGGCGACAUUCGCCUCUUCCGCCCCGACAAGAACAUGGCCCGCCUCAACAAGUCCGCCGCCCGCAUCGCCCUGCCCACCUUUGAGCCCACGGCCCUCAUCGAGCUCAUCGCCAAGCUCACGAAGCUGGACGCGCGCUUCAUCCCCGCUCACCGCGGCUACUCGCUGUACCUGCGCCCUACCCUGAUCGGCACGCAGAGCACGCUCGGCGUCGGCGCCCCCGGCUCGGCCCUGCUCUUCGUCAUCGCCUCCCCCGUCGGCCCCUACUACCCGACCGGCUUCAAGGCCGUCUCGCUCGAGGCCACCAACUACGCCGUCCGCGCCUGGCCCGGCGGCGUCGGCGACAAGAAGCUCGGCGCCAACUACGCGCCCUGCAUCGUGCCCCAGCAGGAGGCCGCCAGCCGCGGCUUCCAGCAGAACCUGUGGCUCUUUGGCGAGGAGGAGUACGUCACCGAGGUCGGCACCAUGAACAUGUUCGUCGCCCUCAAGGACAAGGCCACCGGCCAGAAGGAGCUCGUCACCGCGCCCCUCGACGGCACCAUCCUCGAGGGCGUGACGCGCGACUCGGUGCUGCAGCUCGCGCGCGAGCGCCUCGCGCCCGAGGGCUGGAAGAUUAGCGAGCGCAAGUACACCAUGCGGGAGCUGGCGGAGGCGGCCAAGGAGGGCCGCUUGCUGGAGGCUUUUGGUGCGGGCACUGCGGCCAUUGUGAGCCCCGUCAGGAAGAUCUCUUGGAAGGGCGAACUUGUCGACUGCGGGCUGAAGGAGACGGAGGAGUCGGGCGAGAUUGCGUCCAAGGUCAAGGAGUGGAUGGAGGCCAUUCAGUACGGCGACGUUGAGCACGAAUGGAGCGUCAAGGUAUAA